CAGUCGAUGUUGUGGUGGUUAGUAGAUGAAGGAUGUCAGGUCUCCUCAAGCUCACACAGGUGUGGAGAAUCACAUUAACUAUCAGUAUGAUCCAUUAACCACAAUGAAACUCAAUACUGACUGUCUUCAUGCUCAACACUACAUCUGUUGUUUUUAAACUUUUUGUUGUCUAAUGUUUCAAAGGCGAAACCGUUGUUUUUAAUGCACUGGUACAUUUUAAGAUUUUGGGCUAUUUUGCUUCAUAACAUGUCUUCUUUCAGACUAGAGGAAGGAAAACUUCCAAAAUUCUUGUGAGUGUCAGUAGGGGGCAGCAGUGAUGCUGAAGGGGGCUGGACUGAAGAUUCACAGUGAACGGGACUCGCUGGUGAGGCGCGCUGAAUGCCGCACAUAUGCUCCUGGAAUCUGCAGGAUUUGCCUUUUAAUUUCUCUGAACGGGAUAUAAUGUAAGAACUGUGACCGAGAGAUGCACGACUUCUGUUAACUACAGCAGUGAUACAAUGGGGAAACUUCACUCAAAACAUGCUUGCAAACGUCGGGAAAAUCCUGAGGGGGAUAGUUUUGUUGUGAAUGGCUUUAUUUCAAGAAGAGGAGUUGAAGGCGGCGAGAGAUAUGGCACAUCUGACAACAAUCUGAAAGAUUAUAAGGAGCUACAGAACGGUGAGCUGAAGGAUGGACACUCGACGGUCCACCGCUGCCCUCUAGAGGUGGUUUUGCCUCCAGAAAAGGCUGAAGGAUGUGAGAGUUUUCUUCAGUAUCUGCCGUCUGAGGAUGGAGAGAGAGACCUGAAGGAAACCUGCAAAGGAAAGAAGCGCAUCAGUCUAGAUGAUCUGGAGUGUAACGUGUCGCUGGUUGAUGACAACAGGCAGGAGUGGGUCUUUACCCUCUACGAUUUUGACAACAGCGGAAAAGUCACAAAGGAGGACAUGUCCAGUUUGAUGCACACUAUCUAUGACGUGGUGGAUGCCUCUGUCAAUCACUCGUGUAACAGCAAACAAAAGACCCUCCGAGUCAAGCUGACGGUCACUCCAGAACCUGGAGCUCGCAGGAGGGACGGGACACACGCCGGGACCGAGAGAGAUGCUAGUCGUUUGAGUCGCAUCGAGUCGACUCACACGGAGGAGAGCCGCGGUGGCGACAGACGGCAGCCCACACACGUCAGAGGUCAGCCUGCUGAAGCUCACGAGGGGAAUCACUACUGCGUGGAUGAGAACACAGAAAGACGAAAUCAUUACCUGGAUCUGGCUGGAAUAGAGAACUAUACCUCCCGAUUUGAAAAUUCCUCUCCUCCUGCCGCCCAACAAGAGCCGCCCUCACGGCCCUCACACAACCAGAGUCGUUCCCGGUCCCAUGAGCCCGAGACACACGCCCAUCAGCGGCGGUCACAGGUCAUCGCCGACCACUGUGUGGCCCUGGAUCCCCGCGUGCGCAGCGCCCCCCAGUUCAUCAGAUCGCCCAAGGGAACGUCAAAAGGAGCAGGUGGCGGCCAGUCUGCAGCCAAAAUCAGCAAAUGCCACGGCUACUAUCCCUCCAUGCAGGGCAUGCAUGGCACAGGGGGUCAGGAUGUGUACCAUCUACCCCAGCAGAACCAGCCGCAAGCCCCGUCGGGUCACCAACACCCUCUCCAGCACAGUCACAGCAAGAGGGUGAGAGCCAAAGCCAGAGAACAGGCCCUGUCGCCUUCAAAACAACCUUCGCCAGCGCCGGACCGUGAGCAGACCGCUGGCUUUGUGCUUCCUGUGGUUCAGCGACAUGAACACCAUCAUCAUCACGAACAUCAUCAUCAUCACCACUACCACCACUACCAUCAGACAUGAGUUCGCCCUGCGACGCCCCGGACGAUUCUUAAGUCAUUUUAUGGAGCGGAAACUCUGCUUUCAUAAAGCUGUGGAUUUUAGUUGAUCGUGUAAUAGAGCUUUCAGGUAAACAAUGCAGAAGACCGUGCCUGUCAGGUUUGUACGGGUCAUUCCUGUUCUGCAGUACGGAUGUUCAGAAAGUAUUUUUAUAUAAAAGCAUAUAUCCAGUGUUGGGGAAAGUUACUUUUAAAAGUAAUGCAUUACAAUAUUGCGUUACUCCCUAAAAAAUCUAAUUGGGUUAGUUUUUAUGGAAAGUAAUGUGUUAUGUUACUUUUGGAUUACUUUUUCUCUCCUAGGCUGGUCUUGCUUGUACGGAAGAGGAUUAGGGCCAAGCAAUAACAAAAAAAUAAAACCAUCUCAAGAUUAAAGGUGCUAAAGAGGAUCUUUUCGUCGACUGAGAAACCAAAGACUGUUACUGAGUUUUUGAA